UUUCCCGGCCUUCCCCACUCUAUCGAUAUAUUUCUAUGUUCUGCACGAUGUCAACAACAAAAUGAAAGGUUCACUAACCUUAAACUUGUUCAAAUGUUGGGAAAAUAAAUAACGGCAUCAUGCGCGGAAUCAAUAACUUAGUCCGUAUUAUUCUAUCCGGUAAAUCGAUAAACGCGCGAAGAUCGUAUUCGGAAAAGUUUUACACUUUGGGUAAUAAGUUAUUAAAUGUAAGUCCGACGUUCGGCAUAACCUCUCAUCGCUUUACCCAAAACGCCGACGAUGCAGAGACGAUUUGUAAUGUGGGAACAAUAGGUCACGUAGAUCAUGGGAAAACUACUUUGACAGCUGCUAUAACUAAGGUUCUAUCCUCCGAAAAUGACGAUUCCAAAUAUGUAUCUUAUGGUGAGAUAGAUAAGGCACCCGAAGAGAAGGCUAGGGGUAUAACCAUCAAUAUUGCGCACGUUGGCUACAGGACAAAAGCAAGGCGAUAUGCUCAUACCGAUUGUCCCGGUCAUUCAGACUUUGUAAAAAAUAUGAUUAGCGGAGCUUCACAAAUGGAUGGUGCAAUAUUGGUGGUUGCAGCUACUGAUGGCACAAUGCCACAGACUCGAGAACACUUGCUUCUAGCUAAACAAGUUGGCAUAAAAGAGAUUGUCGUGUUCGUAAAUAAGGCAGAUAUUGCAGAUAUGGAGAUGUUAGAGCUAGUCGAGAUUGAAACCAGGGAAUUGCUGACAGAUAUUGGAUUCGAUGGAAUUAAUAGCCCUGUCGUAUAUGGCUCUGCACUCCGAGCGCUCCAAGGAGAUAUGUCAGAUUUUGGAGUUCCUUCUGUCAGAAAGCUGCUUGAUGUUGUAGACAGUUAUAUCACGACUCCUACACGAGAUUACAAAUCACCAUUUAUUUUACCUAUAGAUAAUGCUUUCACAGUUCCUGGUAGAGGUACGGUUGUUGUAGGUACUUUGAAACAAGGAACAUUGAAAAAGAACGCUAAUGCCAAUUUACUCGGCUUUGACGAGGAGAUUCCGACCACUAUUGGAGAUAUACAGAUUUUCAAACAAAGUGUUCUAGAAGCAAAAGCAGGAGAAAAUGUUGGAGUCUUAAUUCGUGGCAUUAAAAUCAGCAGAGUGCAAACAGGCAUGCUGCUGUGUGCAGCCAACUCACUGUCUGUAAGCAAUCACUAUGCAGCCCAAAUAUAUUUAUUAACCAAACGUGAAGGUGGGCGGAAAAAACCCAUGCAGGCUUCAGGAUAUAUUCAACCAUUGUAUAGUUCCACCUGGCACAUAACAUGCAGAGUUGAUCUCAAGUUACCCGAUGGUACCGAGCUACUGAUGCCUGGAGAACAUGCAGAGGCAAGAUUAACGUUAAUGAGAAAAAUGCCGUUUUUGGAGGGACAAGCGUUCACUAUUCGAGAAAACAAAUGUACUGUGAUAACUGGAAUCGUUACUAAGCAACUGGAUAGUAUUCCAGUUAUUAACAGAAAACUUAAAAAGGUACAGCUUUCUAAAUGAUAAAAAGCAAUAUUUUAUUAUCACUGUACAGUGCACUGACUCGAUAAAUCUAAUCACUGAUCGUGAAAUUGAUCUGUGACUAUGUAUCAACGCGAUCUUUCUCCACAUAAUUAAUUCAUGCCAGCAUAUACCAGAAUUGCAGUACAUCGUCUCAUUUCUAGUGAGAAGGAAUUGUAAUAUAUGUACAUCUGAACGAUGUUUGGAAAGUGUAUAAAUAAAAUGUUAUAGUUGCGAAUUAUAAAU